UCUCCCCAGUUAAACAAUGGAGUACUCCAAUUCCAAACCAGGAUCGCUCCUUAUCCUUUUCGCCACCGUAUUCCUGAUCAUCUCCUCUUGCCGCGCUGAUCCCGACCCUCUGCAGGACUUCUGCGUCGCCAACCUCCAGGCGACCGACAUAACCGUCGACGGCUUUCCCUGCAAGCCGACAUCCUCCGUCGUCUCCGACGACUUCUUCUUCUCAGGCCUGUCCGCCCCGGGUAACACCAACAACAUGUUCGGGUCCAACAUCACCCAGGCCAACGUCGCAAACUUCCCCGGCCUCAACACGCUCGGCCUCUCCAUGAACCGGGUCGACUUGGUCCCUGGCGGCAUCAACCCGCUCCACAGCCACCCGCGCGCCACCGAGCUCGGAUUCAUCCUCCAAGGAGAGGUGCUGGUCGGCUUCGUCAGCACCGCCAACGCGUUCUACUCCAAGACUGUGAAAGCCGGCGAGAGCUUCGUGAUCCCGAGGGGGCUGGUUCACUUCCAGUUCAACGUCGGGACGGGGAAUGCGGUGGUGAUCACGGCGUUCGACAGCCAGCUGCCGGGCGUCGUGUUGGCGCCGUUCACGCUGUUCGGGUCGACGCCGGCGAUCCCGAAUGAUGUGCUCACCAAGACUUUCCAGGUUGAUCAGAGUGUGAUCAAUCUCUUCAAGUCCAAGUUCGGGAACUAAUUAAUUAACUCUUACGAUGUUUGAUUAAUUUGUCUAUUGAUUCUUAAAAUUAAUUAUUUUGUAUUAUUUACUAUAUAUUAUUUGUUUGUGCAGUAGCCAGUAUGCCUGUUGAAUAAUUAUAUGGUUGUGAUCUUAAGA